UACAAUGUGGAGAUCAUCAGGGCACAGUACAAUGUGGAGAUCAUCAGGGCACAGUUCAAUGUGGAGGUCAGCAGGGCACAGUACAAUGUGGAGGUCAUCAGGGCAUGGUACAAUGUGGAGAUCAUCAGGGCACAGUUCAAUGUGGAGGUCAGCAGGGCACAGUACAAUGUGGAGAUCAUCAGGGCACAGUUCAAUGUGGAGGUCAUCAGGGCACAGUACAAUGUGGAGUUCAUCAGGGCACAGUAGAAUGUAGAGAUCAUCAGGGCACAGUACAAUGUGGAGGUCAUCAGGGCACAGUAUAAUGUGGAAGUCAUC